AUGAGUACAACUCAGCGGAGCAAGAGCAUGAAUGCCUUUUUUGAUGGCUAUGUUCAUGCUAAGACAAACUUGAAAGAGUUUGUCGAUCAAUAUGAUAAUGCAUUGAAGAAGAAAAUUGAGAACGAAAAUGUGGCGAACUUCCACUCAUUUAAUGUCACAAUUCCCUGCAUCUCUAGAUCUCCAAUUGAAAAGAGAUUUCAAGAUUUGUACACCAAUGGAAAGUUUAGGGAAGUUCAGCAACAACUUGUCUGUGUUAUCGACUUGGACCCAGUUUUACUCAAGGUCAACGGUACAGUAAAGACCUAUGUAGUAGAGGAUGAAGUUUGUCUCGAAGAGUUCAUGAAGUUGGUUACACAUUCAGUCCAAUUUAGUCAGGAAGAUACAGGUGUUGCAAAGUGUUCUUGUGGUUUAUUUGAAAUGAGGGGGAUAGUGUGCCGGCACAUCUUCGCUGUGUUCAAAUGUAACGGGAUUAAAGCAUUGCCAGAUAGGUACAUUUUGGAUCGAUGGAGGAAGGACAUCAAAAGAAGAUACAUGUUAAUCCAUAGCAGCUACGACACAGUACAUCAACGGGAGGAUUCUAUUGCUUAUUCAAGUCUUUUGAACAUCUGUUAUAAGAUGAUUAGUCAUGCUGCGGGUUCGAGAGAACAUACUUUGGAUGCAACUAAUAACUUGCAUGCAAUGAUUGACCUCUAUUCUGGCAAUUUGGAUCCCACAGCACAUGCAAGUGGUACUGCAAAUGUUACAGUAACUGUUGGUUCUUCAAAAAAAGUUCUCAGUCCACAUAUUGUGAGAGGGAAAGGGAGACCCCCAUCUCUGAGGAGAGCAUCCAGGAUGGAGAGAGACUUGCAAAAAGUUAAAGAGAAGACCAAGCAAGCGCAGGGAAAGGGAAAACGCAAGCAGCGAGAUGGAGAAGAUAUAUCAGUCGACGAUGUGCGCAAGAAUUUAUUUGGUGUCGUGCAAACUGUUCCAGAAAGCAUACCAGCUGCUGACAUUAUUGGAGCCCAACCCCAAGAAAGACUAAUGCAAAGCCAAGAAAGUAUGCAAUUUGGGUUGGUUGGAUCACAACCGCUAGAGGCUAUAUUGGAUGGUUCACAACCAUAG